UGUCAAAAGCUGACAGGAUGUCCACUGGCUGUCAGUCAACCACAGAGCGCACCCAGUAUAGAGCGCACACCCUCACACACAUACACACGGCACGAGACUCUGGAACUGAAAAGGCUUGGGGCUAAGGUUAUGAGGAAGUAGAUGGAUACUGACGUGGACUACAUAAUGGAUUUAGAUUACAAUUUAGAUUACAACUACGAAAACUACUCCGCAAGUACGGAGAGUACAGAAACCGCGGCGGAGGAGCACUCCUCAAGACACCAGUCGACGUGUUUCUCCGAGAAGCUGUGCAUCAGUCUGCUGGUGAUCAACAGUCUGAUCUUCGUGCUGGGCGUCCUUGGCAACGGCGUGGUGAUCUGGAUCGCCGGGCUGAAGAUGAAGAAGACGGUCAACACCACCUGGUACCUCAGCCUGGCCGUGUCUGACUUCCUGGUGUGCGUGAUCCACCCCUUCAACAUCGCCUUCAUCGGCAUGCAAGACUGGGUCUUCGGCCUCUUCCUCUGCAAGACCACCUCCUUCGUGAUGUUCGUCAACAUGUUCAGCAGCAUCUUCCUGCUGGUCUUCAUCAGUGUGGACCGCUGCGUGGCUGUGGUGUUCCCCGUCUGGGCCCAGAACCACCGGACCGUCAAGACCGCCUCGCUGGUGGUGGUGCUGGCUUGGAUCUUCUCCGCGGUCCUCAGCGUGCCUGCGCUGAUCUUCCGAGACGUCAAGCGCCACAUCACCACGACCAUGUGCCUCAACGACUACUCGUCGCUGCACAACAGCCACGUCGCCAUCGCCUAUAGCCGCUUCGUCUUUGGCUUUGUGGUACCCUUCGCCCUCAUCAUCGUCUGCUACUCCGUCAUCGGCGCCCGGCUCAUGCGCAGCAGCAGCCUCCUGACGCAAGGCCGCAAGGUCGCCAGGUCAAGGUCGCCGCUGAAGCCCCUCAAGGUCAUGACGGCGCUCAUCGUGACCUUCUUCGUCUGCUGGCUGCCCUACCACGUCUUCAUCCUGCUGGAGCGCGACCCCACCGUGGACAGGACGGUCAUGAAGCACGGCCUGCAGUUCGGCACGGCGCUGGCGCUGGCCAACAGCUGCCUGAACCCCGUGCUCUACGUCUUCAUGGGACAGGACUUCCGCAAGAAAUUCCGAAACACGCUGCUGUCCCGGAUCGAGAACGCCAUUGGGGAUGGGGAGCGCCUGUCCCGCUCCAGCUACCUGUCUCGAUCCACCUCCAUGGAUGGACGGGCCUCCACGCACAUCUGAAAGGUCACUUACAGCAGGACAUGGGCUGCGCCCACAAACAGAGACAUGGAAGUACUGCUAAGAUUGUUGCACCAUGCAGUGCCUAUUUACACAACAUUUUGUACGUCUUUUUUUUUUUUUGCUGUAAAAUGCUUUCGAAAGGAAAAUGCUGUGUUCUGUAGGGUUGAGUUCUAUAUCAGACAUGGGUGCCGCUAGGGGGUGUGUGGCGGUGUACAGAUUCUAAGGGUCCAAGCACUGACAGCAGUGACAGGGGCCCUUAAGGGGGCCCAAAAUUCGAAUCUUUCAUGGGGCCCAAAAUUUCUGGCGGCUCCCCUGGUCCUUUUUUUUUUUUUUACAGAAUUGUGUACUUAAAGGGUUCUGGAACAAUUAUGUAUGAUCAUAUUGCAACGUUCUGCAAAAUGGUAAUGCUUUUACUGAGUACUCCAAUUUUCUGUGUGCAUCUGCAAAGCUGUUUACACUUUUUUAUUAGGUGCUGCUAAUACAAAAGAGGAAAUGAGACAUUCACGUCCAUGCUCUCAUUAAGACAUUUAUUUUAUGGUAUGGCUAUUUAAAUAUGCAGAUGAGAGUUGCCCGUCAGUAAACUAGUUCUAGAGUAUGUAAAUGAAAACUCAGCGCCAAAACGUGGAUUCUGAUGCUCCAUCCUUGCCAUUUUCAACUCCCAAAGCUUUAAAAUUAUAGAUUAAUCACAAAUCAUUCUAGCUAGUGCACCACCAAAAAUAACCAUCACCCCCAAAAUGUAAUCAGUUCAUAUACCUAUUAUAAAUUGUUAAUAGGCCAGAUUUGCAAAUCCAGAUUGUUAGUAGGCCUACACAAGAUUUGCAAAUUCAUCAUCCUAUUAAAAAGGUUGAUGCACAAACCUCCAUCUGUAUGUUUAAUAGUCGUAAAUGAAUAAAUGAAGCGAAGGACAGCACUCUUCAGAUUUCUUCUUUGUUUAUUUGCCCACAAACGUUUUGGGCAGAGCCCUUCUUCAGCGUGUAAUGGUGUUGAGUGCUGUCCUUCGCUUCAUUUAUUCAUUUAUGUUUUUUUGUGGGAUUCAGCACCCAGUUAAGAACUGUUAAUUAGCCUUUAGGCGAUAGUGUGAGCGCGUCUUCUCCACUUUUUGUUUAAUAGUCAUGCCAUAAAAUAAAUGCUUAAAUGGGGACAUGGAAGUGAAUGUCUAUCUUAUUUCCUCCUUUUUAUUAGCAGUACCUGAUAAAAAGUGAGUUGAUGUAGGCCUACCAGCUGACUCGAUUGGAUCAGGUGUUAUCUGUUAUCCUAUCUAUACAUGGGUUUGACACACUUGUAAACGCAAUGUUUUAAGGAGGGGCAAGACACUGGCAGCCACUUGAGCUAAAUCUUUUGACAGACAGCGGUUUCCAACAAUCAGAGGUUGAGUUGUGCGCAGCUAGUUUCGCGGAGUCAGGUUAAAACAAAAAUUAGAACCCAUGUAUUGUCUCAAGGCCUAUAUGUAGCAUUAAAGUGAUACUGCACCAUUUUUGGAAAUAAGAUCACAUUACAUCUCCCCUUAAGUUGAAUGAUCGAGUUUUACAUUUCUACUGUACUUUCAACUGUUCUCUGAGUAUGGCAGUGUACAUUUUACCUUCAAGCUAGCUGCCAACUGGUAGGAGUCAGUGUUAAUUGCUAACUUGGAGGUAAAAUUUGCACUUCCUUACUCAGAGAAUGACAGGAAGUACAGGAGAAAGGUAAACCUCAAUCAUUCAACUUAAGCGGAGGUGUGAGGUGUGAUUUUCCAAAAAUGGAAUCACUUCAAGAAUGAGGCAGUGAAAAGCAGACUGCCUCCAGAUAGAUGUACAAAGUAUGUGAAACAGUGUGUGUGUGUGUGUGUGUGUGUGUGUGUGUGUGUGUGUGUGUGUGUGUGUGUGUGUGUGUGUGUGUGUGUGUGUGUGUGUGUGUGUGUGUGUGUGUGUGCAAUGACCCUGUCUCUCAGUUUGUCUGCCUGUGUGUCCACACACAUUGCUUAGGGCCACAUGCAGAUGGUGCCAAACAUACAAGAUCAUGGUAUCACGUGUAUCUGACGUGCCAAGUAACCAUGUAUGAUUACUCUUGUUUUCUCUCGCUGUGAUGCACAGAGCUUGUACACUGACAGCCCUGGUAAUCCUCAGGAAAGAUUUGAACUCUGUAUGAUCUUAAUCCUUGCAUUUCCUUUUAAUUAGAAAUAUAAAUAGACUACUCUGGCCUAUAAAAGCAAAGUGCAUUAACUAAGCCAGCAUUGAAACUGAGAGAAAUGCCUUGAAAGGUUUGGUAUUAGGGUGGAUAUUGUAGUUACUGCAAAUUUGACAUAGCAAUAUGUCUAGGAACACAUGUGGACCAUAAGGCUUUGUCACAAGACAAAGGAAAUGUUAUAGAGACCAUUUUCAGUAUAAACUCAAUUUUGACAAAGUAUGUACUUAGUGCACUUUGGCCUUUGUACGGCAGUGCUGUGCUGUACUAUUUUACAGAAAUAUUGGAAAUGGUACUACUUACAGAUCAUAACUAUCUACGGAAUUAAAAAUUCAACAUGCAUGUACAUGCGCUCGUGUGUACACUUGUAUACUGUAUGUGUGUUAUGAUAUAUCUGGUAAUUUUAUAUUUUAUAUUAAUGUUAAAGUGUAGCUGUAAGACAUGUUGAAGACAAAUCCAAACCAUUGGUUUAUGUAAGAUAAAGAUGUAUGUACGAUUAAGAUUCUUGUAAAGUAAUAAAUGGCAUCUCCAUACAAAUUCACACUAUGUUGCUUUUGUUACUCUAUUCCUUUGUCUAGCUGGGUGUUAUUACAUGCUAUUACUGUUGGCCUUAAAGGUACACUGUGCAAGAAAUGGUCAAAAAAGGUACUGCAACUAUGCUGCUCAUUGAAACUGGGCUGCCUAUUGCCAAAUUUGAUCUUUACAUGAAAGUUUACCAAGUAAUAAACAUUUUCUAGUAUGGUGCAAGUAGUCAUUUUUGCAGCUAAAAAUGGCUAUUU